UGCUUGAAUAGAGAGUUGGGGUUCUAAGGUAUAUUUCAAAACGGGCCUUUGAAUUGCAUGACUCCGGGCCGUGUGGAGAGUUGACAAUCCUCCAUAUCGUGGUUAAGGAAAUGAAUUGACUCGGCCUUUGAUUUGUUUUUUUAUUCUUAAAUGCCUUGUGUUUUUGCGAUUAAGAAGCGGUAAAGUAAUCGGUGAAGAAAGCGAAAGUGAAACAGGUAGUAAUAGCGACCAGGUAAGUGAGGUAAGUGAGGCUGAACCCUCUUUUAAUUUGGAUAAUCUUGUGGAACUGUUUGGGUCUGCUCUUACCAUAUCUGAAAUUACACCUGUGAGUGUAUGCGUGCAAAACAUAAGUGAAUCUGAUUUCAAAGAAUCAACUUUUAAUAAUCAAGCUAGUUCUAAAAUGGCAGCCCCUAACCGUACUCUUAGAGAAUUAGCUGCACCUGACUUGACCAUUCAACCUAUUUCCAUCACUUAUGGUGAGUUGGAAAAACCCCUUAAACUUAAUUCUGGAUUUAUCAAUUUACUUCCUAAGUUUCAUGGUCUUCCUGGAGAGGAUCCUUUUAGGCACAUAUCUGAAUUUAUGAUCACUUGUG